UCAUCUGCGUUUUCUGUGCGCAAACAGGCGCUCUCGAGGGCAGCUCCGCCCCACCCUCCCUACUUAGAGAAAGAGACUUGGGAUGCUACAUUUUUAAUGACGAACUAGCUUAAUUUUUUUUUUCAUUCUCUCUGCGUCUUUAUUUUACAAUUCCUUCAACAUGUAGCCUACAUAUUUAUAUGUGGAACCACAUUUUAGUCUCCAGAUUUGUAUCCUUUAGCUGUUCGUUGGUCGACAAGCUAGGGGAAAGAUUAGAUAAUGGAUCUGUGACCCCUUCAAAGAUCGACAGCAGAACCCAUCUUUUUGUUGCUGAUCUGAUCGGGGUCGGAGCGUGGCCAAGCCACCGGAUUCGCGAUCAUGUCGGAGGCAGAGGUGAAGGAAGCUCCCGGUUCGGAGGGGAAACCCGAGCCGCCGGCGGCAGGGACCGUGCCCGUCACUGCGCCACAAGCGCAGGGUGAAACCCCGGCGUCAUCCUCGGCUGUUCCCCAAACGCCCCCCAUCGCCUCAGCAACAGAAGAUGAGGAUGAGAGUGAGGAUGAGUCGGAGGUCCUGGAGGAGAGCCCCUGCGGCCGAUGGCAGAAACGAAGGGACCAGGUCAACCAACGCAAUGUCCCGGGGAUAGAUGCUGCUUACUUGGCCAUGGACACUGAGGAGGGGGUGGAGGUGGUUUGGAAUGAAGUCAUGAUUUCAGAGAGGAAGGAUUUUAAGCCUCUUCAGGAGAAAGUUAAGGCUGUCUUUGACAACCUGAUCCAUUUAGAACACGCUAACAUUGUCAAGUUUCAUAAAUACUGGGCUGACAUAAAGGACAGUCGGGCCAGGGUGAUUUUCAUCACUGAAUACAUGUCAUCCGGAAGCCUGAAGCAGUUUCUGAAGAAGACGAAGAAGAAUCACAAAACAAUGAAUGAAAAAGCGUGGAAGCGAUGGUGCACCCAAAUCUUGUCGGCUCUCAGUUAUCUCCAUUCGUGUGAUCCACCCAUUAUCCACGGCAACCUCACCUGCGACACCGUCUUCAUUCAACACAACGGGCUCAUUAAGAUCGGAUCAGUCGCUCCAGACACCAUCAACAACCACGUGAAAACAUGUCCCGAAGAACAGAAGAACUUGCACUUCUUUGCUCCUGAAUAUGGAGCUGCUGAAGACGUCACCACAGCUGUUGACAUUUACUCUUUUGGCAUGUGUGCCUUAGAGAUGGCGCUUUUGGAAAUUCAGGGGAAUGGAGAAUCCUCCUUCAUUUCUCAGGAAGCUGUCAAUAAUGCCAUUCAGUUUCUGGAGGACCCGCUGCAGAAGGAGUUGAUUCAGAAGUGCCUGGAGUGGGAUCCCAGCUCAAGGCCGACAGCGCGGGAGCUGCUGUUUAACCAGGCCCUCUUUGAGGUGCCGCUCUUAAAACUGUUGGCUGCACACUGCAUCGUCAGCCACCAGCACAUGAUUCCAGAGAACGCCUUGGAGGAGAUUACAAAGAAGCUUGAUCCUAAUCUCAUUCUUGCUGUGUUUAAAGAAGAUGUGCAGCUCAGGCUUUCACAGUUUCCUGCUUUGGAACUUGAUAAAUUUCUUGAGGAUGUGAGGAAUGGUAUUUACCCAUUGACAGCGUUUGGGGUGCCUUGUCCACAUCCAACCCAACAGGAGACCAUUAAAUCUCCUGUGGUCACCCCCAUGGUCAAAUCCCCCACACCCGAACCCACAGAGCUGGAGACGCGACGGGUCAUCCAAAUGCAGUGCAGCUUUGAACCUGUUGAGGAGGCCACAAAGUUUCAUAUAACGUUACUACUGAAACUGGAAGAUAAACUAAAUAGACAUCUAAGCUGUGACAUGUUACCUCAUGAAAGUGUUCAGCAGUUGGCAGAGGAGCUGGUUCAGCUGGGCUUAAUCAGUGAGGUGGACCAACUUAAAAUAACCUCAUUGCUUGAAGAAACAUUAAGUCAAACAAUUCACUAACAAGACUUGUUGGAUCUACUCUCUCAUGUGUAUCAUGGGCUCCUAGUGCAUACAGAACUCAGUGAUUGUAGUUUUCUUGAAUGCCUUCUCUACAAAGCUUUGCAUGGCUGUUCAACCAAAGGAGUGGAGCCACUGUCACUUCAGGAGGGAAAAGCAUGAAGCCACAUGCCUCCAAAGAAACCCCCAGCUGUGAAUGACAUUCUCUGCCAGAGCACACAUUUUUAUUCAAGUAUGGAAAUAUUCGAAAGGUUUUAGAACGAGAUUUUGCCGUCUUAAAGUCCAAAGGGGCAUCAUCAAUGCUGUACCAAACACUUGAUACUGACAAUGACGGUGCAUGCAGUCUGUGCUUUGUUUAUCUGCUUAUGCUUUGUGUUAGUCUGUUGGAAGAGUCUGAUGCGUUUAUUUACUGCAGGCAACUAACUUACUGGAGCUGUACUUUUAACAAUGUUGCAUCCUCCUUCACACAAUAUCACAAAGGUAGAAUUUUGUUUAAACAGAAUUGCAAUCAUGCUACUUUUUUAGUCAGCUUUAUCAUGGAAGGGUUCAAAUUCAAGAAGCAAAGGGUGCAGAAGAUAUUAUAGUCUGUGAUGCAUCCUAAUAGUUUCCUCAUUUUUCCAAACGGUACAUUUUGUUUAGUUUAUGCAUUGCUUUUGCUCCAAUAUAUGCCUUAAAGUCUCACUUUCUACCUUUAUUUAUUUUUUACUGGUACUAAAUGUUCGCUGAAUGUUAAUUUCACACAUACCAAUUAGAUUUAAUUCAAGAAAUUUGCUGAAUCCUGUCUAUCAUGCAACUGAUGUUGUCACUGUGUUCAUUCUGAGAGGCUGGAAAAUCCCAGAUGUUUGCUAACUGGCAUUCACAGCAAAACUUGAUACCAACAUUACACGAGGUAAAUGACACCCAUAAUUAUUUUAUUUUUUUAAAUAGGAGUUUUAGUAUUGGUACCUUUGCAUCAAAAGCUUGUACUAUUCAGGGAGUAAAAUACACAAUUCAAAGAAUUAAUGGAAAUGUCCCUUUAGGAUUAAUUUGAUGUCAUUUUGUUAUCACAUGCAUUUUUACUAACACUUAAUUCUAAUGUGAGUUUAGAGUUUUCCUUUCUGAAAAAAAAAAGCUUUAUUGACAUACAUUCUGAUGCACAUUUGAGGUAUUUUUAAGUUCUACAUCUUUCACAUAAGUCUUAUUAACUCAUUAAUUCUGGUGGUUUUCUGAGUAUUGUUUUAAAGUAUAUUCUGGCUACUUUUUUGCUCCGUCCAACGCGUUGCCUGUUUAUGUAUGUAUGACACAUAAACUGCUAAAAUUGUAAUUUCCUGUAGAUGUGCUCAAGUCAGUUUAGGGAAUGCACAUCGCAGAAAACUCUGGCAUAGACGGUGUGAAAGCUGGAGUCUUAUGCAGAUUCCCUGCAACCCCUCUGACUUUCUUUUAGUACUUUUUCCAUCCUGUUUAUGAUGGUGGGGAUCAAACUGGUUAUUAAAUAAUCGUACUGGGUUGGCAGCUCUAGACUGUUUUCUUAUGAUGCAGACUUUUUUGAUAUGUUUGAAUAUAGCUUGGUUUUGUAUAUGACAUGAAUGUCAUUGAAUGCACAUUGUUUUUCUGAGACAUAUUGACAAUAUCUAGGUGAAAAUGCUUGUUGCAAAUAAAAGGGUCGGUUUAUUGA